GUUGAAACCCAGUCGGUAAAUUUGACCCAACAAGCCUCUCGAUGCAUGACGGGUUGUAUUAGCUGGGGAGACAAAUGAAGUUUUGCUUCAAUCCUGCACCCAAGAGCCGCAGCGAAGGAUAUCUGUGCAGCUGCAGCCCCGUUGGUGGGAUACAAAUUGUUCUCUCUAUAUAAAUGGUGGUUUGAUGUCCGCUACCCACCUUACAAAAAAAAAGUGUACUGUGUUAAUUCGCAAGUUCAGUUAACUGUUAACUGCAAGAAUGGCAUGAGAAAGCACCUUAUGAAAUAAAGACUUCCUUCCAAUAGAAUAUUUCUCUCCGUAUUUUUUUUCUUUCUUUUUAGAUUCGAUCUUCAGCCAUCAUGGAUUCCAUAUCAGAGGCCCUGGAAAAGGUACGCCUCGAGAAUCUGCCACCGAAAUCAGAGAAGAUCCAGCUACCAGAAGCUGAGGACGAGGAAAACGAAGAAUAUAUAGAAGACACAGCGCCGUUGGAUCCGUUUCCCUUCUUCGACCUUCCGUCCGAGUUACGUUUGCGCGUAUAUCACAUCCUUCUCUUUACCCCUCGCCGAAAGCGAGCGCAUCUGCACACCAAGGGCAGUGUGGGAGCUUCGAAGAAAAAUCCACCACUAUCUCCAACAUCCCACCGUAUCAACCUCUUCCUUGUAUCCCGGCGUGUGCACGAUGAGGCCUCCGACUACUUCUAUACCACUCAGACGUUCCGUCUCUUCCCCUUGCAGGAUUACUCUCGAAUGCCAACAAUCAGUAUGAUACCGCCUAGAUACCGGCCCUCCAUCGCUACUAUCGAAUUAAUCCUGGGCUCCAGCUGGACAGCACCUCCCAGCUCUUGGAAAGUCAACCGCCGCCUUGGUCUGGAAGAAAUGGUUCGUGCUAAGACAUUAAAGGUGUUUAUUGAGGUCGACCCUUCGCAUCCGGUGUUUGAAGGCUUCCGGAUUUCUAAGAACUUCUACACUGAAUUUUCUGGUGGCAUACUUCGCGAUGUUCUCGCCAAAAUGCCAAGCUUAGAAUAUGUGGAGUUUGAUGGGUGGCCAUCCGUCCGCAAGAACGGGGCGUUGAUGCAGCGUCUACUUCAUGAAGCCAAAGCAGCCGAAAAGAAGAUUGCUUGGGGCCCCGAGCGCGGAUGGACAGACUGUGAUGAGGAAGACAUGGACAUUCCCAUGGUUUACGAGCUGAAGUCGAUGCAGCGUGGUCGAGUCAAUGAUGUCCCACCUCAGACUGAUUCGUUGUUCGGGCCUUAGCCAUCGCCAUGGCCACUCUU